AUGGCCCUUCUUCUCCGUCUCAAUCGUCGGAGGGCAACCAGCUCUCGCACCCUCUUCUUCUCUACUUCGAAUUCCGAUUCAAACUCCGACUCCAACUCUCCCUUCUCUUCCCUUUUCAUAGAUGUCAAGGAAAGUCUCAAACAACCCUCUUCACCUUCCUCAAACCCUCGCUCCCAACCACCCUUCGCAAACGAGAUCCUAAAAGACCUCAGCGAGUUCCGCGCCAAGACCGCUCCACCUCCGCCGGGCGACCCGUCGCAGCAGCAACAGCAAUUCUCGUUCCAGCAAAUCUACCAGCGCCAGACCGUGCAGGGGAAUCCCCCCAGAUCGGGAGAAUCGUCCUCCCCCAGCAUGGAAUCCAUUUUCGGGAGCCUGCGGAACUUGUCUGUUGCUCAAACCCCGGUGUCGCAGGGUCGUCCUAGGAUGAUCGGCGGCACGAACGCCUUGCCGCAGGCCAUUUUCGGGAAAGAGAUGAGGAAAGUGGGUACGUAG